UGAUUUUUCGCGCUACACUGGUUAAACUUUCUUGAGAUUAUUGGGACUAUCUGUGAUUAUCCGACUAACCAUACAGUUGGUUACAACUGCCUUCGAAAAAACUCGAAUCUUCAACGAAAUUAAGGAUUACUCAAACUGACUUCGAUGCUCAUUCUCCUAAUUAAUCAGUGACCAAUAAAAUAAAUUACAAUGAGGAACUAAAUUCAGUAAACUGCAACGUAUCAGGCAUUGUUUGUUAAUAAAUUUUGUCACUGAUGCUUGUUCGUAAGUCCGUUAUCUUCACAUUUUCCUGUCGGUUGUCACCUUGUUCAAACGGUUUAUGGGUACAGCCUAAACGAUUUGCAUCGUAAAGCCACUGAAGAAAUCGAACAAAGAAUCACAUUUAAAACAAGACGGAAGUGUGAUAUUUUCUGAAGAUUUUAUAAAAUACAUUGCCCAAGGAAGCGUUUUAUUUGAAGUUUGUAUUCUGUUAUGGAGGAAUCUUCGUCUAUGUACAGCUAUUUCUCGUGGUCUUUGGAGUUGUUUGGAAUUUUAUCAUUAUAUUCAUCGGUUGUAAUCCCGUUUGUUUUGCUGAGUAGCUACUUCAGGAACAGAUACAAAUUGCACAUUUCCAACGACAGCACGGGUUCUUGGCAUGCAAAAGCGAUGUACAUAUGUUUCGUACCUGACGUUUAUUCUAUAGAACACGUUCAGAAUGAGGUGGAUCUACCGAUCCCGAUAGUUAUGUCUACAACGCGACACGGACUGCAUUCAAAGCUGACAUGCUUGGAAUGCAUCGAUUCCUAUCUACAUUUCAAUCGUAGUACCUCUAGCAGGACUUCGAAACAAUACUAUAUAUUAUUGGCAUUUUGCUUUUUUGGUCUACAAUCAUCCUACUUGUUAUGGGGAGUAUUACAAGAGAGAAUUAUGACCAAAAUGUAUGACAAUGAGAGGUUUAAAAAUCCACAGUAUCUUGUUUUCUGUAAUCGUGCAAUGGCAUUAAUUAUUUUGAUACCUCUACACUUUCUACAUAUUGGGUUACUUGUUAACCCUUGGAAAAAAGGUCAAAAAGCUCCCUUCAUCGAGUUUGCAUAUGCUUCUAUCAGUAAUGUGAUCAGUAGCUGGUGUCAGUAUGAGGCCCUCAUUUAUAUUUCCUUUCCUAGCCAGGUUAUUCUUAAAGCCUGCAAGGUUUUACCAGUAAUGUUUAUGGGUAGAUUUAUUCAAAAGAAACUGUAUAGUUGGCAAGAAUAUUUUACAGCUGCUAUUAUUUGUUUGGGUAUGGUUAUGUUUUUUUACACUAAUCCUGAACAAACUCAACUUCCAAAUGAAAAGAUUGAUAAUACUCAAUUUCUAUUAUCAUUUAGUGGAUAUCUAUUGAUUAUUGGCUAUAUUGUUUGCGAUUCCUUCACAUCAAAUUGGCAAGAUUAUAUGUUUCAAACAUAUAAACUCACUUCUUUACAAGUAAUGGCUGGUGUCAAUAUUUGGUCUAUAUUUCUCACUUUAAUCUCAUUAAUUGUACAUGGUGAAUUAAUUUCAAGUAUACUAUUUGGAUUAAAUCGUCCUAAAUUUAUUUUCGAUGUUCUAACAUCAUCAUUAUGUUCAGCAUUUGGUCAAUUGUUCAUUUUCCUUACUUUGUCUCAAUUUGGAGCGGCCACAUUUGUAUUAAUCAUGACAUUAAGACUUGGUCUAUCUAUGAUACUUUCAUGUAUUAUUUUCUCUCAUGAAUUACAUCCGAUUGCUAUAUGUGGUGUAGUGGUUGUUUUCUUUGGUUUAUUUUCAAAAAUGUUUUUGCGUCAGAAAAAACCUCUUUCACUGGAAACUUGUGGUAUACCUGGUGGUAAGUGAUGACUAUCGAUGCAUUAUUAUUUCCUGUUUAAGUUAUUCCUCUUCUCUUUUUAAUAUUCAUUUCCUUUUUUUCAAUUUCGUUAGAAAGAUUUCCAUGUUCACAUGCUAUUUGUUGUACUUCUUGUUUUAGGAACCAGAAUUCUGUUUAUUUGUAUAUAUACAUAUAAGUAUACUUGUGACACAUUAAGUCCCUCAUUUUCGAUUCCUGUCAGAUAGGGAAUACAUUCAUAUUCUAAUGCUUCUUACAAAUCAAAGUUAUUCGUUGUCUGUGAUAUUUUAGCUUACUGCCUUAUUAUGAUGUAUGUUUUACACAUAUCCUAAGAGAAGAAACUUAUUAUUAUUCGUUUAUUUAUUUUAUCAUGUUAUUUUCCUCUUUCUAUAUGUAUUGUCGAGUAGUUCUUUGAUUAAAUUGCACUUAUGAAUAUAUUUGUAUGGUUUCAGGUCUUUGUGUUCUAACUGAGAUACUUUCACGUUUUUGUUGAUUAUUCUGUUACUACAAUUUACCUAUAGAUAUAGACACUACUUCUACAUUGGAAACAAACCAACAAGAUUGACAUAUGUUUCUACCCUCUACUAUUUUAGCUAGACGUAUUAUUGUUUAUCGGACGAUGGAGAAACUUUUAAAGUUACUGUUUUAUACUAACCAGUAGUUAGUUCCAUUAGCAAUUUACUUCUUUAGAUUUACGUUGACCAUUCCCAUCACCCUGUUCGAGUCGUAGUUUUCAAAUCUUUAGUAAUGUGAUCCAACUCGAAACAAACUCUUACUCCAUUUCAUUUUUGUAAGAGAUUUCGAAAUGAAGGCAGUCAUUAAAGGGGGAGAAAACACAUCAAUUGUCAUUGUAUGGAGUCUAAAGAGCUUUUCAUUCGAAUUUCAUGCAACAUGAUACAUAAUAUGUCGGUCCAAGGUUGACAUACAUUUAACAAUCAUUUAUUUAUAUACUCUGAAGAAGUGACUUAAAUCACAGUGUCAAGAAUACAGAUUUCAUUAGGAUAUCACGAAAAAUAUAUUUAUCAUUAAAAUCGUUAUUGUUUUUAUGAGUAGUUGUGUAGUAAUAAUUUCUAAUAAACACGUUUUUAUUACACAGGGAUUUGUUAAAAGUCAGAGUGUUUUUGAAAACUGUUUUCUCCAAAUUUAAGACUGUCGGCAC